CACUUUGUGUUUGACACUAACCAAUCACAGAAAGGCUAAUCUCAUGGUGUGACAUUCUUGUAAAGUACCCAAUCAGGAACAAGGAUUUCCCUCAUCCCUCAUUAGCAUUGCUGACGCGAUCAGGCUAUAAAAAGCGAGCUCCGAGACGGCUUUCGCUUAUUUUGUGUCUGAAAGUGACUGACGCUAUGCCAGAUGAGAAGAAAGCGCAGCAAGCCUCCAAGAAGGGCGCCAAGAAAAUCAUCAAGAAGGCGCCGGGCAAAGCCGGCAAGAAAAGGAAACGAUCCAGGAAAGAAAGUUACUCUAUCUACAUCUACAAAGUGAUGAAGCAGGUUCACCCCGACACCGGCAUCUCCUCCAAGGCGAUGAGCAUCAUGAACUCGUUCGUCAAGGAUAUUUUCGAGCGUAUCGCAGGGGAGGCUUCCCGCCUGGCCCAUUACAACAAGCGCAGGACCAUCAGCUCCCGGGAGAUCCAGACCGCGGUGCGGCUGCUGCUGCCCGGGGAGCUGGCCAAACACGCCGUGUCGGAGGGUACAAAGGCGGUGACCAAGUACACCAGCUCCAAGUGAGACCCCACAUUGUGUUGAAAAAACACAUCCAAAACCCAAAGGCUCUUUUAAGAGCCACCCACUACCUCACUGAAACAGCUGAACCGUAUUAACUUGGAUAGCCGAUGCUGGAGAAUCUGAGACGACAAGAUGUGGAGCUGGAUGACCACAGCAAACCAAACAGCAUCAGAGAAGCAGGUAAAUUGACGUUUCGGGGCGAGACCCUUCUUUUCAAAUGAAGUUUUAGCUUUACAAUUGAUUCUGGGUCUGGAUAAUGAAUGUCGCUAAGCUUUGUUUUUAAUUAUAAAAAUAAUUUCGUUUGAUCCCAGACCCUCUGCCCUUUAUUGUCGGUUGCGUAUUUCCCAGUCUCUUUUCCCGGCCUGUAUAGAGAGCAUAUUUAUCGACACCGAGUCACUUUUCAGCAAAUUCUAUAUUUUCCAGUUAUUCUUUAACCCUUGAUCAGGGCAGAAGGUACAGUGCCCCGUGGGGUAUGAAACACGAGUUUCACUCCCGGAAAGAAAAGUAACUGUUGUCGUCCCACGAAUAGAUUUUGAAAUUUAUUUGUUCUUUUUUUAAAUUAAAUUUUCAAAACGCCACUGACGUCGUCUGAUUUUUGCAGAACACUGUAAAUGAGGCUCUCAGCUGUCGAUAAGAGGCUUUCAAAAUGAACUGAGAUAAAGCUAGUAUAGCUGCUGGAUUGCCAUAUCAGGUGUGAAGUCUGAUCAACGACAAGAGGGACGGCAACUUUAAACUGAAGUUUCACCGUUCUCACCCGCAGGAGCGUUGAGUUUUUGAUAAAUAUUUCAGGGUGCACUUGCAAUAUGAAAAUGAACCGGAAGGCAAAGUACUGGGCUUAUGGUAAGAUUCAUGGCAGUGUAGAUGAGCAGAGAGAUCUCGGUGUCCAUGUAUACAGAUCCUUGAAAGUUGCCACCCAGGUUGACAGGGCUGUUAAGAAGGCAUACAGUGUUUUAGCUUUUAUUAAUAGAGGGAUCGAGUUCUGGAACCAAGAGGUUAUGGUGAAGCUGGACACAACUCUGGUGCGGUCGCACUUGGAGUAUUGUGCACAGUUCUGGUCACCGCAUUAUAAGAAGGAUGUGGAAGCUGAGGAAAGGGUGCAGAGAUUUACUGGGAUGUUGCCUGGUAUGGAGGGAACGUUUUACGAGGAAAGGCUGAGGGACUUGAGGCUGUUUUCAUUACAGAGAAGGUGGUUGAGAGGUGACUGAAUUGAAACAUAUAAAAUAAUCAGAGGAUUAGAUAGGGUGGAUAGGGAGAGCCUUUUUCAUAGGAUGGUGACAGCGAGCACGAGGGGGCAUAGCUUUAAAUUGAGGGGUGAAAGAUACAGGACAGAUGUCAGAGGUAGUUUCUUUACUCAGAGUAGUAAGGGAAUGGAACGCUUUGCCUGCAACGGUAGUAGAUUCUCCAGCUUUAGGUAUCUUUUAAAUCGUCUUUGGAUAAGCAUAUGGACGUACAUGGAAUAGUGUAGGUUAGAUGGGCUUGAAAUCGGUAUGACAGGUCGGCACAACAUCGAGGGCCGAAGGGUCUGUACUGUGCUGUUAUGUUCUAUGUUCUAACUAAGUUCGGCGAAAAAUUAAAUUAUUCAUUCCUCUUAGGAAAAAAAAAACUAAGUUUUACAAUUUCGUACACGUUGUAGGAUUUUGUCCCUGUGGGUAACGACCCCAACUCUCUCUCGUGGUAACCAAAACCAAUAAGCCCGUAUUUGAGACAUACGAACAGAAGUAUCGUGCGAUUUGUGUUUUUCAAUUUCCAAAUCUCUACGUGAAUUUAUUUUCAGAAUGCAGUCUGUGGGGUUCCCCGUUGUCGGGUAGAGUCUUUCAAAAUGAACCGAGAUUAACAGGGAAGUCUGAUCUCACACAAUAAUCACAAAAUUUUCGGAAGACGCUGAUGUUUUGAAUGAGAACGAGAGAGGUUAUGUCAAGGAUCAAUUUGUAAUCUAAAAGGAAAUUAAAUCAUACGCAUUCAUGUAAAACGUCUUCCUCGUAUUGCCCAUAUUGGCGGGCUUUUCAAAUCGGUAAGAAAACGGUUGAUGAUUUGGCGCCGGUAUUUUCCUACGUUUGCCGCGCCGAGGAAUUUUGUUUUAUUUUCAAAUCUCCCCGGGUUUUGCAGAAAGCUAUAAAUGAGGCUUUCUGCUGUCGGUGGGAAAAUUUCAAAGUGA